AGGUGUCUUCUCAUCAUUCAAAAGACACCAUGAGACUGCUGGCUCUGCUGCUGAUGGUUGGAGCUGCUGUGGCAGUUCCCCGCGAAGAUGGCAGGAUCAUUGGAGGGCAGGAGUGUGAGCCUCACUCUCGACCAUACAUGGCCUCCCUCAACUAUGGCUACCACUACUGUGGUGGGGUACUCAUCAACAAGCAGUGGGUGCUUUCUGUUGCUCACUGUUGGUACAAUCCCUAUGCCAUGCAGAUCAUGCUGGGAGAACAUGAUGUACGUGCAUUUGAAGGAACAGAGCAGCUCAUGAAGACUGACACCGUCAUCUGGCACCCCAGCUAUGACUACCAAACCCUGGAUUACGACAUUAUGUUGCUCAAGCUGUUCCAUCCUGUGGAGGUGACUGAAGCAGUAGCACCAAUCCCCUUGCCCACAGGGUGUCCAAUGGGAGGCCUCCCUUGCUCUGUGUCUGGAUGGGGGAACACUGCCAUGGAUGGUGAAGAAGUGAACAUGCCCACCCGUCUUCAGUGUUUGGAUGUGCCCAUAGUGGAUGACGAGGACUGUGAGAACGCCUAUCCUGGCAUGAUCACACGCAGGAUGGUGUGUGCUGGGUACAUGGAUGGAGGCAGAGAUGCAUGCAAUGGUGACUCUGGCAGCCCUCUGGUGUGUGUUGGAGAAGUCCACGGCCUGGUGUCAUGGGGUCAGGGCUGUGCUCAGCCCGAAUACCCUGGUGUCUAUGUCAAAGUGUGUGAGUUCCUCUACUGGAUUGAAGACACUCUGGCAGCCAAUCCCUGAGAAAUUACUAUUUUCUCCAUCUCCACUGAUUAGUUGAACUUUUGACUAUAUGACAUUAUUUACUUGUAUUUUCCAGAACUACCACACCCAUCCAGCCCUUCUAAAUCUUUAAUAUUCUGCCCCCUUUCCUUGGGCUUAAUCUUCCUCGUACCAUUACCCAUUUUUGCAGACAUAUUUUAAGUCAACAGUUGUUCCUGAACAUAAGAACAAUAAAUAAAACAUCUUAUAAUUA